CACGGGCGCCGCCAUUUUGUUUGGCUGGACGGGAGCGAGCGACGCUUUGGGGGAGGGGUCUCAUAGGCGCCUUACUGGACCCCACGGCCGCGCUGUAGCUUCUCGCGGGGAGUCCUCCCUGGUGAGGGCCGUGGAACCAUGUACAUAAAACAGGUUAUUAUCCAGGGUUUUCGGAGUUACAGAGAUCAAACAAUUGUAGAUCCCUUCAGUUCAAAACAUAAUGUUAUCGUGGGCAGAAAUGGAUCUGGAAAAAGUAACUUUUUUUAUGCAAUUCAGUUUGUUCUUAGUGAUGAGUUCAGUCAUCUUCGUCCCGAACAGCGAUUGGCUUUGUUGCAUGAGGGUACUGGUCCUCGUGUCAUUUCUGCUUUUGUGGAGAUUAUUUUUGAUAAUUCAGACAACCGGUUGCCAAUUGAUAAAGAAGAAGUUUCACUUAGAAGAGUUAUUGGAGCCAAAAAGGAUCAGUAUUUCCUAGACAAGAAAAUGGUCACGAAAAAUGAUGUGAUGAAUCUCCUUGAAAGUGCUGGUUUUUCUCGAAGCAAUCCUUAUUACAUUGUAAAACAAGGAAAGAUCAACCAGAUGGCCACAGCACCAGAUUCUCAGAGACUAAAACUAUUAAGAGAAGUAGCUGGUACUAGAGUAUAUGAUGAACGAAAAGAAGAAAGCAUAUCUUUAAUGAAAGAAACAGAGGGCAAACGGGAAAAAAUCAAUGAGUUGUUAAAAUAUAUUGAAGAGAGAUUACAUACCUUAGAAGAAGAAAAGGAAGAACUAGCUCAGUAUCAAAAGUGGGAUAAAAUGAGACGAGCCCUGGAAUAUACCAUUUAUAACCAGGAGCUUAACGAGACUCGUGCUAAACUUGAUGAGCUUUCUGCUAAGCGAGAGACUAGUGGAGAAAAAUCCAGGCAAUUAAGAGAUGCCCAGCAGGAUGCAAGAGAUAAGAUGGAGGAUAUUGAGCGCCAAGUUAGAGAACUGAAAACAAAAAUUUCAGCUAUGAAAGAAGAAAAGGAGCAGCUCAGUGCUGAAAGACAAGAGCAGAUUAAGCAGAGGACUAAAUUGGAGCUUAAAGCCAAGGAUUUACAAGAUGAAUUGGCAGGCAAUAGUGAACAAAGGAAACGCUUAUUAAAAGAGAGACAGAAGCUGCUUGAAAAAAUAGAAGAAAAACAGAAAGAACUGGCAGAAACAGAACCUAAAUUCAACAGUGUGAAAGAAAAAGAAGAGCGAGGAAUUGCUAGAUUGGCCCAAGCUACCCAGGAAAGAACAGAUCUUUAUGCAAAGCAGGGUCGAGGAAGCCAGUUUACAUCAAAAGAAGAAAGGGAUAAGUGGAUUAAAAAGGAACUCAAGUCUUUAGAUCAGGCUAUUAAUGACAAAAAAAGACAGAUUGCUGCUAUCCAUAAGGAUUUGGAGGACACGGAGGCAAAUAAAGAGAAGAACCUGGAGCAGUAUAAUAAACUGGAUCAGGAUCUUAACGAAGUCAAAGCUCGAGUAGAAGAACUGGACAGAAAAUACUACGAAGUAAAAAAUAAGAAAGAUGAAUUACAAAGUGAAAGAAAUUACUUGUGGAGAGAGGAGAAUGCAGAACAGCAAGCACUUGCUGCUAAAAGAGAAGAUCUUGAAAAGAAACAGCAACUUCUUAGAGCAGCAACAGGAAAGGCUAUUUUAAAUGGAAUAGACAGCAUAAACAAAGUACUGGACCACUUUCGUAGGAAAGGAAUAAACCAGCAUGUUCAGAAUGGCUAUCACGGCAUCGUGAUGAAUAACUUCGAAUGUGAGCCUGCUUUCUACACAUGCGUGGAAGUCACUGCUGGCAACAGGUUAUUUUAUCAUAUUGUUGAUUCAGAUGAAGUCAGCACAAAGAUUUUGAUGGAGUUUAAUAAAAUGAAUCUUCCUGGAGAGGUCACUUUCCUUCCUCUUAACAAGUUAGAUGUCAGGGAUACUGCCUAUCCUGAAACCAAUGAUGCGAUUCCUAUGAUAAGUAAAUUGAGGUACAAUCCCAGAUUUGACAAAGCUUUCAAACAUGUGUUUGGGAAAACACUUAUUUGCCGUAGCAUGGAAGUUUCAACCCAGCUAGCUCGUGCUUUCACUAUGGACUGCAUUACCCUAGAAGGUGACCAAGUAAGUCAUCGGGGUGCUCUAACUGGAGGUUACUAUGACACAAGGAAGUCUAGACUUGAAUUGCAGAAAGAUGUUAGAAAAGCAGAAGAAGAACUAGGUGAGCUUGAAGCAAAGCUCAAUGAAAACCUGCGCAGAAAUAUUGAAAGGAUUAAUAAUGAAAUUGAUCAGUUGAUGAACCAAAUGCAGCAGAUAGAGACCCAGCAAAGGAAAUUUAAAGCAUCUCGAGAUAGCAUAUUAUCAGAAAUGAAGAUGCUAAAAGAGAAGAGGCAGCAGUCAGAGAAGACUUUUAUGCCAAAGCAACGUAGCUUACAAAGUUUGGAAGCAAGCUUGCAUGCUAUGGAGUCCACCAGAGAAUCGUUGAAAGCAGAACUGGGAACUGAUUUGCUUUCACAACUUAGUCUGGAAGAUCAGAAGAGAGUAGAUGCACUGAAUGAUGAAAUUCGUCAACUUCAGCAGGAAAACAGACAGUUGCUAAAUGAAAGAAUUAAAUUAGAAGGUAUCAUUACUCGAGUAGAGACAUACCUAAAUGAGAAUUUGAGGAAACGCUUGGACCAAGUAGAACAGGAACUUAAUGAACUGAGAGAGACAGAAGGGGGUACUGUUCUCACUGCUACAACCUCAGAACUUGAAGCAAUCAAUAAAAGAGUAAAAGAUACUAUGGCACGAUCAGAAGAUUUGGAUAAUUCCAUUGAUAAAACAGAAGCUGGAAUUAAGGAACUUCAGAAGAGUAUGGAACGCUGGAAAAAUAUGGAAAAAGAACACAUGGAUGCUAUAAAUCAUGAUACUAAAGAACUAGAAAAGAUGACGAAUCGACAAGGCAUGCUACUAAAGAAGAAAGAGGAGUGUAUGAAGAAAAUUCGAGAGCUUGGUUCACUUCCCCAGGAAGCAUUUGAAAAGUACCAAACACUGAGUCUCAAACAGUUGUUUCGAAAACUUGAACAGUGCAACACAGAAUUGAAGAAGUACAGCCAUGUUAACAAAAAAGCUUUAGAUCAGUUUGUGAAUUUCUCUGAGCAGAAAGAAAAGUUAAUAAAACGACAAGAAGAGUUGGAUAGGGGGUACAAAUCAAUCAUGGAACUGAUGAACGUACUUGAACUUCGAAAAUACGAAGCUAUUCAGUUAACUUUCAAGCAGGUAUCGAAGAAUUUCAGUGAAGUAUUCCAGAAGUUGGUACCUGGUGGCAAAGCUACUUUGGUAAUGAAGAAAGGAGAUGUGGAGGGCAGUCAGUCUCAGGAUGAAGGAGAAGGAAGUGGUGAAAGUGAGAGGGGUUCUGGGUCACAAAGCAGCGUCCCAUCAGUUGACCAGUUCACUGGAGUUGGAAUUAGGGUGUCAUUUACAGGAAAACAGGGUGAAAUGAGAGAAAUGCAACAGCUUUCUGGUGGACAGAAAUCCUUGGUAGCUCUUGCUCUGAUUUUUGCUAUUCAGAAAUGUGACCCAGCUCCUUUUUACCUGUUUGAUGAGAUUGACCAGGCUCUGGAUGCCCAGCACAGAAAAGCUGUGUCAGAUAUGAUUAUGGAACUUGCUGUACAUGCGCAGUUUAUUACAACUACUUUUAGGCCUGAACUGCUUGAGUCAGCUGACAAAUUCUAUGGUGUAAAAUUUAGAAAUAAGGUUAGUCAUAUUGACGUGAUCACAGCAGAGAUGGCCAAAGACUUUGUAGAAGAUGAUACUACUCAUGGUUAAACGGAAAAUAUUGUCCACUGGUUUGGAAGUUGUGUAUAGUAAUAUGAAUCUCAUACCCAGGAACUGUACAUUUAAAUCUAAAUAUGUAGUCACUACUAAUAGUUUUCAGACGUAGAGCAUACAUAGCCCUUUUAUAUUUCUGUCAUUGUAUUUUAUAAGAUACUCUGUAAUGUUACAUUUCUACUUAUAGUUUAAGAAUUUUAUUUCCCACACAACUUUUUGUAAAGUGUCCUGCUCCUGUUUUAAAUCUUUUGAAACAUGCUAAAUAUUCUUUCCUAAUUAUUUUAUCAAUUAUAUUGCCUCUUUUUUUAUAGCUUCAAUUAAAUAAUUGGUUUAUGACUAAUUUAGUAUUUUAUGUGGCUUUUUAUUUAUAGUUUUAUGAUUAGAAACAAAUUUUUCUUAAAUAUCUUGCUUUUUGUUUUGCCUUUGUUUUGCCAGAAAAGAUCUGCAUUCACCUAAAAGAAGAUUUUUUAAACGUGGCUUCAUAUUCUUUUGAAAUAAAUCUGUGAUUGCCAGUUCUGGCUGCAUGUUUAAAUCCACAGGGUAGCUUUAAACUGCUGGUGUAUUUCCGUAGACCAGUUGAAUCAGAAUCUUUUUGGAGUGGUGUUCUGGUUAUUGGUAGUUCUAAAGUUCCCCCAGGGGAUUAUGACCCUUGGUGAGGAUUAGAACCCUCGCUUUAACUCAUUGUAACAGUUCUUUAAAAAUAAUUUUUAAUUUAAGAGGGCAGUGUAUUUACUAGAAUUUGGGAAGACAGUUUUAAGAGCAGCUAAGAACACUAAGUCAAAAGAUUAAGUCCUAAAGUUUCCUUGUUUAUCUGAUUAAGGAAGAGUUUGGAAAACGUUACUGUUGAAACUUUUCCCCCCUCAGAUGAGGUCUUUGCUUUUUGUUUAUUACGUUUAUUAAAACGCUUUAUUGAAAUUUAAUUCAUAGACCAUAAAAUCUAUUAAAAUUAUGCAAUUCUGUACUUUUUCAGUAUUUUCACAGAAUUGUUCAGCCAUCUCUACAGUCUAAUUUUAGAACAUUUUCAUUACCUCAAAAAGAAACCCUAUACCUAUUAGCACUCACUUUGUAUCUCCCACCUGCCUCAUCCCUUGGCAACUGUAAAUCUAGUUUCUGUCUCCUACUAUGGAUGUGCCUGCUCUGGACAUUUCAUACAAAUAGAAUCCUACACUGUGGGGCCUUUUAUGAGUGACUUGUCUCAGUGUGUUUCUGAGGUUUAUCCGUGUUGUAGCACAUAAUUCAUUUUUUUUUUUAUAUUGCUGAGUGAUACCUGUUGUAGGAAUAUAUAUUGUGGUUUAUCCAACUAUUAGUUGGACACUUGGCUUGUUCUCACUUUUGACUAUUAUAAAUAACAGUGCUGUGAACAUUCAUGAA